AUGAAGUUUUCCUCUCUCUACAUCCUUCCUGCACUCGCCCUCUCCACCUUGGUCUCUGCUGGAGUCUUCAUCUCUCCCACUCCAGGCCAAACAAUCUCUUCCACUGAGGCUUUCAACCUCACAUGGACUUCCGGGAAGUACUUCAAAGAAAACUCCCUCAAUAUCACUGUCCUCCUCGCGCGAAGCACAUUCACUAGCACACUCAGCGGUAUAACGCUAGUCGAGGGCCUCGUCUCUUCCGACGCGGGCAUUAAGACGUACUCUGCCGAGCUUGCACCGAGAUAUUUCUAUGGAGACAACGAAACAGGAGCAUUUGAUGUCGUGAUCAUUGAGUCUUACGCAGCAUAUGGGGGUGCUAACGACGCUACUGAUGUGUGGAUCCAGACGGUCAACGUCGCUUGA